AGCUUGCGGCGAGCGAGCUCGAGACAGCUACGGCAACGGCGGCGGCAGCGUCGGCGGCGAAUGUACGGCCUGCGGCUACGCAGGUCAUCAGGCAUCGAGCUGCCGUUUUGUGCGUUAUAAGUGCAAAAAGUGUGGCGUUCAAGGACAUCUAAAGCGAAUGUGUAAACAAACUUUUAAUAAGCAACACUAUGUCGAGUGCUGUGGGGAUGCUGGUGAUGACGUGUUCGCAGAUUGACAGUUAUCGUGGCAACCGUAAAGUUACGUUUAGUGUGGGUGACCAAGUUCUGGUAAAACUUUAUAGUCAACAAAAACAAUAUUGGUCACGUGGUGUGAUUAUUAAAAGUGUAGGAAAAACUGUAUAUUUAGUCCAACUAACUGAAUCGGGUCAAAUUAUCAAAAGACACGCCAACCAGUUGCUCAAAUAUAGAGGGAGAGAAGAUAAGUCAUGUGAAAAGAUCGUUCCCGCAUUCAUACUGCCAACACAUCCGACUAGCACCGACCAGCUGCAGCCCGAAGUUUCUGCUGAGGAGUCAGCAGCACAACCAGAGACGACCUCAGGACUUGUUCACGGUGACAUCUCCACGGAAGAGGAAGCAACCUUGGCAACUCCCUCUAUAGAACCCGAGCCAGACCCGCGCUCGAAACGAAAUAGGCCUGUUGUAGAUUAUAAGAAGUUCUUCUAAAUAGAGGUGGAGGGAUGUUAUGUGGGUACCUACAUAUAUCUUUUAAGAACAAUUAUAGGGUAGACCACGGACACCGUGUGAUUUAAUGACUGCUGCGUCAGUCGAAUAAACGAGUUUGUACGUA